AUGACAUCGAUUGACCCUUCACACUUUCCCUUCAUCGGUCUGACGCCUGGUUCACCUACUGGUGGCACGGCCAUUCAUCAACCAGCCUCACUCGAUGGCGAAUCAUCCUCCGAGUUCCCUUCUCUCGAUUCCGAAGAAACUCCAGCACCCCUGGGCGUGUUUUCAGUACCCGACUUGCGCUUUGAGCAGGGCUACCUUAUGAGCAUACGACCAUUCUUUUAUUUAAAGCCACCCACUGACCUCGAUGGCAUCGAGUCAAGGCUCACCCACCAGCCGAUCGAAGACGACGCAAGCAAUGCGGAUAUCGAAGAUUUAUUCUAUUUAGGUAAAAACUUCAGGGUCAAAUGGGGUUUAGUAGCUUGGGUAACAGUUCGAGAUCAGAUAAUCUAUCCCAUGAUGCAAGGAUGUUUGUGGGGUACACUGUCUCUAUUUAUCACACAUGCUUGGCGGACUCGACGUACACUGAAACAGGCAGGCUCCAAUCCAAUCAACAAGAAAGCAGGGUUUUUGGGCAAAAUGGUUGAGAAUUUAUUUGGAGGCGUGAAAUCGAACGUGGCUUUAUCAGCUUAA